CCGUCAAACCAUAUGGCUCUUGGCUAGGCUGUGUGUGAUUUCUGUUUAUUUUUUUGCACAAUUAAAUUAAAAUGCUCAAUAAUUCGCUAUAAAAAGUCAUAUUUGUUAUUUAUAAUGGAUGAAUCAUCAAUGGAAACUGUCGCUUUCGAGACUAUUAAUAAAGAAGUUACAAAUGAAUUACUACCGGAAUCCUUAAACGCCGGCGUCGAAGAAGUUUUAUUUCAGUAUCCCACGUUAUUUGGCGGUAAAACUUUGCUGGAAUUAUGCAACUCUUCUUGGUCAAGUUCUCCAAAAGCCAGAGUGGACCUGCAGCCGUACCUGCGAGGCUGUAAAUGGUCUCCUGAUGGUACUUGCUGUUUAUCUGUGGUGAAUAACGACGGAGUUCAUGUUACUGAACUGCCUAGGGAUUUAUAUAUGGAAUCGGCGGGUCCUGAUCGGACAAUAGAUGUGUUGGAUUCCGUGAUACAUGUUAAGGAGGCAGGAUUGGUUUAUGAUUUUUGUUGGUAUCCAAGUAUGAACAGCAGUAUACCUGAAACCUGUUGCUGGCUGACAACAAGACAGAACGCCCCAGUUCAGAUGUGGGAUGCAUUUGACGGUUCCCUACGGUGCUCAUACAGAGGCUUCAAUCCUGUGGAUGAGAUGGAGCCAGCUGUCACUGUGGCAUUUACCCCGGAUGGUACCAGGAUUGUAGCAGGGUACAAGAAAGUGAUCAGGACUUUUGAUGUGGAAAGACCAGGCAGGGAUUCUGCCGAGCACAAGAUCACAUUCCCCGCUUCCUGUUUCGCUAUGGACAGUAACAUGCUAGCUAUUGGGUCUUGGAACACCACAAUAAACCUCUUCAAUGUCAAUGAAAUGGGAGGAUACAAGAGCAUUGGGAAAAUGCACGGUCAUUCAGGUGGAAUAACGCACAUGAAAUUCACACCAGACGGCCUGAAACUCGUCUCAGGCGCUCGCAAAGACCACAGACUGCUAGUCUGGGACAUAAGAUACUACCGCAGACCCCUGAACAUCCUGAGCCGAGUCGUCGACACAAACCAGAGGGUAUACUUUGAUAUAUCACCGUGUGGGAGGUAUCUAGUCACCGGGGGCACUGAUGGGAUAUUGAAGGUUUGGGCUGUUGAUGCUGUGGAUUGGAAGAAUGGUUUAGAUGCUACGGAUGUAGAAGGAGAUAAUGCUACUUAUAAGUUUCCUCUCCACAAAGAUUGCUGCAACAGCGUAUCCAUCCAUCCCUUCAGACCCAUAUUAGCCACCGGGUCGGGCCAAUACCACUUUAAAGACCCUAUCCAAGAUACAAGUGAAAUCAAUGGACAAGUUGAAAGUGAAAGUGUAACCAGUGAAGAUCUAAAAUAUUCGAGCCAUGCUGAGAACAGUUUAGUGUUCUGGUGGGUUGGUGAUGUACCUGAAUUAAGUUUAAGUUGAAUUUAAGUUAAUUUUAAAUAAAUUUUGU